UGGCUGUGGACAGUUUAUUUAACCAUUUUCCAUGCCUGUAAGUAUAGGUUAUAUAGCUGAACAUUUGAGCAGUGGUUCUUUUGGACAGCAGUACCACAUCUCACCAUUCAGUUCAGGGCAGCCCAUAACACAGAGCUGCAGCCUUCCGAAGACUUCUGGGACAACGACGCUACCUCAUAGAUCAAUCCUCAACUACAGACUUCAGCACCGGGAGCCGUGGACGGCAUCACUGGCAUCAUUUCAAUUCAUCUUCUCAAGGCAGUUGGUGUCCCCGGGAUUUCUACUAUGCGACCUCACAUUAAUCCUAGGCUACACUUGACUCACGGGCAGCCUAAACUAUUACUUCAGUAGGAUAGUGGGCUGCCAACAUAAGUCUAAAAUAGAACAACAGAAGACUAAUUGUCAUAAUAAAUCAAGAUACUAUUUUCACUCUACUUCCGGAUUAAGCUCUGCUUGACAUUUCAGACUGCCCAUGAUCCAUGUCCAACAAGAACAGUGGCCUCAUGAAGAUAAUAGUGUGGAUUGGAAUUUAAAGGAAGAGGGAUUUCAUUUGGGAGAGCAGGAACCAUGGAUGUGCUACUGCUAAUGAGGACAUCAUGUAUGCUGGUUAUUCUUGGUUCUUGGAGCUGUUUAUCCAAACCCAAAGGUUCACCACAUAUGAACUCUGUGAGAAUAGAUGGAGACCUCAUCUUAGGGGGUCUUUUUCCUGUCCAUGGAAGAGGCAGUGAUGGCAAAGCAUGUGGAGAACUCAAAAAGGAGAAGGGGAUCCACCGUUUAGAAGCCAUGCUUUAUGCUCUUGACCGCAUUAAUGCAGAUCCUGAUCUUCUCCUCAACAUCACACUAGGAGCUAGGAUUUUGGACACUUGUUCCAGGGAUACCCAUGCUCUAGAGCAGUCCCUAAGCUUUGUCCAACCACUUAUAGAUAAAGACAGGGCAGAAGUACGUUGCCUGAGUGGUGGGAAUCCUAUCAUUGCUCAACCUGAGAGGGUGGUGGGGGUUAUUGGAGCAUCAUCCAGCUCUGUCUCCAUCAUGGUAGCUAAUAUCUUAAGACUUUUUAAGAUACCCCAGGUGAGUUAUGCUUCAACAGCCCCAGACCUAAGUGACAACAGUCGGUAUGAUUUCUUCUCUCGUGUGGUCCCAUCUGAUACAUAUCAGGCUCAAGCCAUGGUAGAUAUUGUGAAGGCCUUGAAGUGGAGUUAUGUGUCCACAUUGGCAUCUGAGGGCAGCUAUGGUGAAAGUGGAGUGGAGGCAUUUAUCCAGAAAUCCAGAGAGGAUGGUAGUGUGUGUGUAGCACAGUCAGUUAAGAUCCCACGGGAGCCCAAAACGGUGGAAUUUGACAAGAUAAUCCGUCGUCUACUGGAGACAUCCAAUGCCAGAGCAGUCAUCAUAUUUGCCAGUGAAGAUGAUAUCAGGGGCGUACUUGCAGCAGCAAGACGAGCUAAUCUGACUGGACACUUUAUGUGGGUUGGCUCUGACAGUUGGGGUUCCAAGAUCUCCCCUGUACUACAGCAGGAAGAGGUUGCAGAGGGAGCUGUCACUAUCUUACCGAAGAGGGCCUCAGUUAAAGGCUUUGAUCGUUAUUUUUCCACCCGGACUCUAGACAAUAACAGGAGGAAUGUUUGGUUUGCUGAAUUCUGGGAGGACAAUUUCCAUUGCAGGUUGAGUCGAAUUUCACUACGGAGAGGGGGCCAUGGAAAGAAGUGCACUAACCAGGAGAGGAUUGGUAUUGGAUCUGCAUAUGAGCAGGAGGGGAAAGUACAGUUUGUGAUAGAUGCAGUAUACGCAAUGGCACAUGCGCUUCAUGCCAUGCACAAAGCUGUGUGCCCAGGCAUUGUUGGUCUCUGUAAAGGCAUGAAUCCUGUUGAUGGAACUGAACUUCUAAAAUACAUUCGCAGUGUCAACUUUACUGGCAUUGCAGGGACCCCUGUGACAUUUAAUGAAAAUGGUGAUGCUCCUGGGCGCUAUGAAAUCUACCAGUACCAAAUUCACAAUGGCAGUACUGAGUACAAGGUUAUUGGACAAUGGGCGGAUCAUCUGCAUCUUAAGAUUGAUCAAAUGCACUGGCCAGGUACCCCUUCCUCCUCCCAUUUCCCACAGAUUCCCACAUCUGUUUGCAGCCAGCCCUGCCGUCCAGGUGAGCGUAAGAAGGUAGUUAAAGGUAUACACUGCUGUUGGCACUGCGAGAGAUGUGAUGGUUACCAGUACCAAUAUGAUACUUACACCUGCAAGAGAUGCCCAAGUCACAUGCGACCCAACGUGAACCACACCUCCUGUAUCCCCAUUCCUGUAAUCAAGUUGGAGUGGAGCUCACCCUGGGCUGUAGUGCCCCUUCUGUUGGCUGUGCUGGGCAUCAUAGCAACUCUUGUAGUGGUUGGAACCUUCAUACGAUACAAUGACACACCGAUUGUAAAAGCCUCAGGCCGUGAGCUGAGCUACGUCCUGCUAACUGGUAUCUUCCUGUGUUACGUUAAUACCUUUAUCAUGGUGGCUGAGCCAGGCUAUGGCACAUGCUCUUUGAGAAGAGUUUUUUUGGGUCUGGGAAUGAGUAUCAGUUAUGCUGCCCUCCUCACUAAGACAAAUCGUAUCUACCGCAUUUUUGAGCAAGGUAAAAGGUCUGUCAGUGCCCCUCGAUAUAUUAGCCCAUCCUCUCAGCUAGUUAUUACUGCCAGCCUCUCUUCAGUUCAACUCCUGGGAGUCCUUAUAUGGUUUUUGGUCAACCCAUCCCAGCCAGUGGUGGAUUAUGAGAACCAACGCACACCAGACCCACAGCAAGCACGAGGGGUGCUAAAGUGCGACAUCUCGGACCUGUCCCUUAUCUGCCUAUUGGGUUACAGCAUGCUUCUCAUGGUGACCUGCACUGUCUAUGCUAUCAAAACACGAGGUGUUCCUGAGACUUUUAAUGAAGCAAAGCCGAUUGGUUUUACCAUGUAUACCACCUGCAUUGUGUGGCUGGCCUUCAUCCCGAUUUUCUUUGGCACUGCUCAGUCAGCUGAAAAGAUGCACAUCCAGACUACAACACUGACCAUUUCAGUCAGUUUGAGUGCCUCAGUAUCCCUGGGGAUGCUCUAUAUGCCCAAGGUCUAUGUUAUCCUUUUCCAUCCUGAACAGAAUGUCCCCAAGCGCAAGCGCAGCCUCAAGGCUGUUGUAACUGCAGCCACAAUGAGCAACAAGUUUACCCAAAAGGGAGGCUAUAGACCUAAUGGGGAGGCCAAGACAGAGCUAUGUGACAGCAUGGAGACACAAGCUCUGGCCAGUAAACCAAUGUACGUCAGCUACAGUAACCAUGCUAUAUAAACAAUGCUGUUUGAAAGCGCCUUUGAGAAGUGGGAGGGGCCAAACCACUGAGUCAAGUCAGCUACUGCUCCCUGCUGAAAAACAGGACCAGUCAGGACAGCUAGUCAAUCUGUCAUGGAGUAGAACAGCGGAACUGGCGCAGGUGGCAGAAAAAAAGGUGUAUUACAGUUUUAAAGCCACAGCUGUGAGAAGGAUACAUUUUGCCCCUCCUCUCUUUUUUAGGAUCAAGAGACGUAUCUUUGCCCCUUCUGUUAAUAUUUAUAUUAUCCUCUGUUCUGUCAGUUUAAAGGCUUGUAUUAAUAUAUUUGUUGUUUUCUUGCUUUUCUAAACUGUAUUGUUCUACCAUAUGGGACUGUUUCUCUAUAGGAACAUUUUUUCUGUUGAGUUCAUGCUAAUUUGUACAUUAUUCCAUUGCCCUUUUGCUUUAUAGUUUGUGUUCUUUAAAAUAGGAGCUAUAUGUUGAGCUUACCAUAAUCU